CUGUAAUGAAGGGCAAAGAUUUUAUAUCAGAAAAAGAAUUUCAAGAAAGAAAAACCCGUCGUGAUUUGCUGGUAAAAAUCGUGAUACUUAAAGUUCGAGGAAGUGAUACAAUUUCCAAUUUAAAACAUGAUGGUAAUUACUUGGAUUCGGAAAUUUUGGACCCAAGGCAUCAUCAUGAUUUUACGAAUAGUAAUGAUGGAGGAAAGAUAUACAUGCGAGGGGGAGG